AUGCCUGGAAACUUACCUCAGAUGCAUGUGUAUGCUCACAUAAACCCCAACAAUGGGAGAGUUAGCCUGUCCCUAGCAGAACAUUGGUAUAAUACUAACUACCACAGUUCAUUAAAAAUGUCCCCCUUCCAAGCCUUGUAUGGAUACCCACCUCCACAACUAGCCAUCAAUGAUGCAUCCAGGUCAGCUAAUGAGAGAUCAGAGAGCUGGAUACAUAAUAGGAUACACAUGUUAUCCAUACUUAAAGAUAACUUGGGGCAAGCACAACAGAGAAUGAAGCAUUAUGCUGAUAAAAAUAGAUCAGAGAGGUCAUUUGUGAUAGGUGAUUGGGUCUACUUGAAACUGCAACCAUAUAGACAGAUAUCUGUGGCCAUCAGAAAAUGUGUCAAGCUCAGCUCUAAGUUCUUUAGACCCUAUGAAGUGUUAGAGAAGAUUGGGCAAGUGGCUUAUAGAUUAAGGCUUCCAGCUGGGGCCCUGAUCCACCCAGUUUUCCAUGUAUCUCAACUCAAGAGGAGAGUCAGCCAUGGCAGAUCAGUCCAAUUGGAACCACCACUGGUUGGGCCUGAUGGACAACCACUAACCGAACAUGUGGCUAUUUUGGGAAGAAGGAUCUUGAAGAGAAACAAUGCAGCCCUAGUAGAAGUAUUGGUACAAUGGGCCAACCUAUCUCCAGAAGAAGCUACAUGGGAAGAAUACCACCAUCUCAUGUCUCAGUUUCCCAGUUUUAAACCUUGA